AUGAAACACGCGCAAGGCCGCAAGAACUGCGCACAUGUAGGCUUGCUGCCGUUUCUCAAGGGAGCGAUGGUGACUGGCCACGUGGACGUCUUCCGUGACCAGGUGGUUGCUGUGGAUGCGUACUCGUGGCUGCACCGUGGCGCCUACAGCUGUGCGCGUGAACUGGCCGACGGCACACCCACAGACAGAUAUCUGAGCUUCAGUCGGAAGCGCAUUACUAUGCUGAGAAGCCAUAAGGUCGAGCCUUUGCUUGUUUUCGACGGACGGUCGUUGCCGUCCAAAGCUGUCACCGACAACGAUCGCAGACAGCGUCGAACUACCAACAGAGCAUUGGCCGAGAAAGCACUCAGAGAGGGGAAGAAUGCCGAAGCCAAUAUCAUGUACCAGCGAUGCAUAUCCAUCACACCUGCCCUAGCCUUUGCUCUCAUACAGAUGUGUAGAGAGAUGCACGUGCGGUUCAUCGUUGCACCGUAUGAGGCUGAUUCGCAGAUGGCGUUCCUGGCCACCACCAACAGAGUGGCCGCUAUCAUUACCGAAGACUCGGAUCUCAUUGCUUUCGGUUGCUCUAAGAUUAUCUACAAGCUCGAGCCCACGGGCAUGUGUGUGAUGUACGACAAAGAGUUGCUAAAGGACGAUAAGGCCAUAGGAGUCCCUAUGAGCACCUUCAGCGACACCCAAUUGCUGGAGAUGUGUAUUCUGUCGGGGUGUGACUAUCUGCCAUCUGUCACAGGCAUGGGCAUCAAAACCGCGUUCAAAUACAUCAAACAGUUCGGUACGGCGCACCAGGCCAUCCGCCGCCUCAGAGCCAGCAAUAAAUUUACCAUCCCCUCCACCUACCCAGUGGACUUUGCGCGGGCUUUGCAGACGUUCAAGUAUCAACGCGUGUACCAUCCCGAUUUAAAAAUGCUGGUCCCGUUAUCUGAUUUCGAGGAGGUAGAGGAGAUCGAUGCCGCCACACAAGAAAACAGAGACUACUACAUUGGCCCGCUUCUGGAAGACGAUGUGGCGCAGAGACUGGCGAAUGGGGAACUCAAUCCGAAAACGUUAGAACUCUAUGCAAUCCCCAGUCCUAACUGUGAGGGCACCGCGAAUGACAGGAACAGCGGGUGGGCGGAUGACAAACCAACGAACAACUACUAUAGCCAACGGCCGAAGAAAACGGAUGAGGGCACUCGCAAGGCCCCAUUGCCACUACCGAAAGGCCAGCCGUCGCUAUUUGACAUGGCCAGAACAAAGAAGAAAAAGAGUGUGUCUAGGGGGGUCUCCACCCCUGCACCACCCACUGCACCACCUAUUUCACCCGCACCCGCACCUGCAGUACCUGGGAUGUUCACUCUGACCGACCUGCAGGCUAUGAAGCAACACGUGCCACACAGACCACACAAUGGUACGCUGGAAACUGAGAGAGACUCGUGCGCUCGUGCUACAGACACGUCACACCGGACGUCAGCCACUACAAACGCACGUGCGUCUAUCAGAGACAUGUUCUCAUUUGGCGCAAAUCGCCAUACAGAUACUGCACGCGAGCGAAAAACAUUGGGAAAUGCCGUCAGAACACUCCAUGAUGAUGUAGAGCCUGGACAUACACAAUCCCGCAACGUGGAUGACGCAUUAACCGUUCAUAUGCACACCAGUCACAACACUAACAAACUCAGACAGGCAACUGACAGGCGCAACGAUUGUAGUACAACCAAUGGCAAUGGUGGCAAAGCAGCACCUUCCACAAACUUGAAUGAUUUCAGAUAUAACAGGAAGGGUGUGAAUGGGAACGGGCUAUUCAGUCAACAGAGUUCGUUUGAGGCUAUGGAAAGACUGCCGCUGAAAAGAAAGGAAUUCAGCGACACAAACGCCCGAAGCAAACAUACCAACCACCAUGCUCACAGUCACAGGGAACCGCAGGCAAAGUGGCUCACCGAUAUAGGCGGUAGUAGGCAUAGAGGCGGUAAAAGCUUAGACUACAUUGAUGAAGACGAGGGUGAAGGGGGCGCUAUAGAAGACGGAUACUACACUACUGUGAGCGACGAGGAGGCUGAGAAGUUGAAGCACAUUGCCAUGCAGCAUAGCAAACGCUUCAGCUUACCAUUGCGCAAAAUGGGGUCGCAUUCUGUACAACAGUUUCCAUUUGACUGUAUGCGGAAGAGUAGUGGUAAGUUGCCCAAGCGGCUAGGGAAGGAUGUGCGCGACUGCCUUCCGCCGGAUGAGGCUGAUAAAGAGAAUAUGCACGCGCACAAUAGUAAUGUAAGUCAUGAUGGACAUAGCAAGAAUGUAAGUGACGAUGCGUUGUAUACGAGCUCCAUAAGAAAGGGGGAGAAACAAAGCGAUCACUCGGAACCAGAUAAUGCUAGUCGUGUGCUGGAUGAGAGGCCUUCGAGUACUGACCAGACCGAUGGUGAACCACCGGACACACUUGUACACACAUCAUCACUACGUGCAUACACCUCUCCACCACGUGUGCAACAGAAGACCCAGAAACUCAGACAUGGACUAUCACGCCCUCCCCACUCUACAAGCGACAACGUGCGAGUGAGGAGUGUAGUAGGUCAGGCAGCUUUCCACAUGCACAAGGAAGUGCCCAUGGAUACCGAAGUCAGGUCACCAGCAAACUCGGAUGCCGCUAGUGUGGACAGAACCGGAGAAAUACGUAUAGGUGAUUCAGAAGCUAAUUUAAGAGUAAACGGAGAUACUUUCUGUAUGGACGACAGUGGAGACGACACAACCGCCCACAAUAGUUCAAUGAGAGAAGCGAAAGAGUCGUCGUAUGUGUUACCUCCCUGCAUCAAUAGGCACACCAUGCCUCUGCAGGCGCUGGAGCAAGAUAGAUUGGAUCGAGCAACCCGCAAUGGCAUCUCCCGAGUGCCACCACACAGUGCGAAGCCCAGGAGAGGGCCCAGGGGCCUACCGAAGGUCAGUGGCUCCAAAAGACCCAAAACUGUGCAGCCAAAAUCCGCGGGGACACUACUGCACUUCGCGUUCAAACCAAAGCCAAGAGUGAAGGGAACCGUGUGAAAAGCUGUGAUCAGAAGCUAGCGCCGAAUAUAGCAACCAGCCAGCAAUUAAAUCUUUCUGGCCGCCCGCAGAUAAACAUGACAGAAAAAACUGCGGUUGCGGAGCCGAAUCUGAAUUUUGUUGUAGCUUUAUCGAGUACUUGCAGGAUAUGCUACUGACGAUACUGAUAUAGUAUCAUGUAAGCAUACUGUAUUAAAAAGAAUACCACGCCUUCGGGAAAGUACAA